GGUGAAAUAACUCAUGAUUUUCUUAAAUUUUCUCAAUUGUUUUUACCAAUUUUGAACCUAAUUUCAUAUUAUGGGAAAGAAGAACAAGACUGGAGUUGGUCAGGGUAUAUUGAAAGCUCGUUCACGUUUGGCUAAAGGUGGAAAACACGGAGAAAGUUGGCGACAUACCAGUGAGCUAAAUGAUGCAGAGGACUGGAAAAGGUUGAAUAUUAGUUCUAUUACUGAACAAAGUAAUUUAGAUGAUUUUCUAGCAACAGCUGAGUUAGCAGGGACAGAGUUCACUGCAGAGAAACUGAAUGUAACAGUAGUGACUCCCAGUCAAAAUGAUGGCCUGUUGUCAGCAGAGAAGGCAAAACACAUUAAUCAAGCACAGGAAGAGAACAAACAACUGCUUAGAAUACCUAGACGGCCUCCAUGGACAACAACCAUGGAUGUACAAGAACUUGAAUUGCACGAGAGAGAAAGUCUACUUGAAUGGAGAAGACAGCUUGCAAUGUUGCAGGAAAAAGAGCACAUUAUGCUGACUCCUUUCGAGAAAAACCUGGAAUUCUGGAGACAACUUUGGAGAGUAAUUGAACGAAGUGAUGUUAUUGUUCAGAUUGUGGAUGCUAGGAAUCCUCUGUUAUUCAGAUGUGAAGAUUUGGAGGUUUAUGUAAACGAAAAAGGUCCAUGUAAAGCCAAUCUUCUCCUCAUCAAUAAAGCUGAUUUUUUAACACYGGGACAAAGGUCUAUGUGGGCAAGUUACUUUAAGGAAAAAGGAAUCAGUGUUGCUUUUUGGUCAGCUCUUGCAGAAACAGAAAGGCUGCUCAAAGAAAAGGAAAUACAGGAUGAGGCUGAUGAAGCUGAACGACAGUCUCAAACCAAAWCUGAUGAAAAGCUUGAAAAAGAUGAUGACAAUGAUGAUGAUAAUGAUAAUGGUGAUACAACAAUCACAUCAAGAUUUUCARGACUCUCUACAGACGACAAUGAGAAUCAAACAGAACAAGAUUUAAAGGAAACUUUGAUUGAAAAAGAUGAGGAUGACAAGAARGAAGAACAGGAAUGUUUACCAGUGAACUGUGGAACAAUCACAAAUGAUACCAAAAAAACCUCUAAAAAUACAGCUCUUCAGGAAGGCAUAGAGGAUGAAAAAGAAAUAGAGGAAUGUAAAAAAUAUUUAGAUAAAGACAGAACUGAAGAUGCUGCUGGUGAUGAUAAAUUAAGGGAAGGAGUUUUAAGUUUAAUAGAUGAUAAUUUAAAGAAAAUUGAAACUAAUAGCGAGGRAAGUUCUUCAAAGAGUGCAAGCAGAGAGAGCAAAUUUGUUUUGGACCACUCUGGGAAACUCUUGACCAGUGAGGAAUUUAUAGAACUKUGUCAACUGCUACAUCACAGAAACAUGGAGGACAAUUGUGAUACUUGUGAAGAAAUGAAAGAUGGAAGACCAAACAUGACAACAAUAGGAAUGCAUAUGGUAUCUGUAUCUGCUACACCUGGAAAAACAAAACAUUACCAGACUCUAAAUCUUAGUCCAAGUGUUUGCCUGUGUGAUUGUCCAGGUCUUGUCUUCCCAUCAUUUGUGUCCACUAAGGCAGAGAUGGUCGUUAAUGGAAUUCUUCCUAUCGAUCAGAUGAGGGACCAUGUGCCUCCAGUUGCUCURGUUUGUCAGAGAAUCCCUCGUGAAGUUCUGGAGGCAGUUUAUGGCAUCAACAUACCAGCUUCUGAAGAGGGUGACGACCCUGACAGAGCUCCUUAUGCUGACGAAUUAUUAAAUGCCUAGGCAAACUACUCUACUGUACCCCUCCCCCAGGGGUCGAAGGUGUUCAAUUCCAAGAAGGUCGGUAUUCUACAGGAAAAUAUGCCGAUCUCGCUGACCUGUUGGACAAGAAGAGAAUGGAGCUGAGUACAAAAACUGGUGCUCGGCCAAAAGUCAGCUCAGUUGAUCAAGAAUUCUUCGCUAAAAAAGAGGUUCGUCACUUCUUUAAGGGCGCACCUGUCAUGGUACCAGGACAGAUGGAUGGAGUUGGUCAGAUGACUUCAGAAGGUAUGAUCUACAAACCAUGGAAAAAACAUCACAACAAAAACAAGAAAGAAAAGCUGCGACGACUGGAGAAAAAAUAACCCCAAAGGUUUACCAGUUUAUUAGAAUAUAUGAUAAUUCAUGAAUAAUUCUUAUAUAUCUUGAAACUACAGUCAGGAGUGACUGAUCUGAAAAAGUCAUUCAAAAAUGAAUGACUUCACUGCUAAACUGAGGUGUCACGAAGCUUGUGGAAAAAAGUUAACAACAAAAAAUAAAAAUAUUUCCUCCAUUGCGAUA